UUCGUACCUGUUUAGAAAAACGAUAACAGAUUCUUAGCAUUCUUUAUACCUAUGCUUUAACAUCUCUUUAAAAUCAAAACGUUUUCUCCAUACAAGUUUUUUUUUGUAAAAUGUACUUUUGAACAUUGUAAAGUAGUAUGGAAAUGUUUUUUGAGUCCAACUGAUAUCAUUGUACCUACUUGACCUGUUGUAUAUUUUAAACUUAACCUUAAACGUAUUAACGUAGCCAUAUAGAUUACGUAUGGUAAAUGAUUCUUUGUUAAAUUAUAAAAUUUAAAUAGCUACAUUUUGUACUUAAUAACAAAUAAUGAAUUCAAGAAGUUCUAGUCUGUCUUCCAUUUCGGAUCUUUUUCGUCCGAAUAAUCCUAGAAAACUAAGAUCGAAAGAUUUAAGCUAUACUCGUUUAAAUGUUUUGAAGAAGGAAAUACAAACAGACACACAUUUAAUACCUCUGAAAGAUCUUUAUACCCUAUUGGGCACUGACCCGGUCAAUGGAUUAUCGAGUGAAAAGGCUAAAGACCUCUUGGACUAUUACGGUCCAAAUACUUUGACGCCGCCAUCGCACUUCAACUGGGCACGGUUGCUAUUUAAAUCUUUAUGCACAGGAUUUUCAAUUUUAAUAUGGUUUGGUGCCAUACUUUGCUUGUCAGCAUACGUAAUAGAGUUUUCGACAAAACUGGACCCUAGCCCUGAUAACCUUUACUUAGGGUGUGUAUUAAUUGCCGUGGAUUUAAUAUGUGGCAUGUUCAGUUUUAUACAAAAUUAUAAAAGUUCUAAGAUAAUGAAAACUUUUAAUAGUAUGAUACCUAUGUAUGCAAACUGCUUGCGCGACGGGGUCUUAAAUCGAGAAACUCUAGUUCAAGAUUUAGUCAGAGGAGACAUUGUUCACGUCGAAAUUGGUGAUGUUAUACCUGCCGAUAUACGUAUAAUUGAUAGCAAAGGAUUUAAAGUUGAUAACUCUUCAUUAACUGGUGAAUGUAUAGCAGUACCACGAAGUAACACCGAUGGAACAGAAAAUAUUUUGGAAUCGCCAAAUGUUGCUUUCUUUUCAGCGCUUUGCGUCGAAGGUUGGGCGUCAGGAGUCGUUUUGUGUUGCGGAGAUCUGACAGCUUUAGGGCGGGUCGCGGGUCUGGCUGCACGCUUACAGCCCGCACCUUCACCGCUCUCGAGAGAAAUCAAACGAUUCAUGCGUUACAUGUCAACUUGGGCACUUGUAUUAGGGGUUUUCAUCGCGACUGCCAGCAUAAUUUUGGGUUAUCCUUUUAUGCAAACGACUAUAUUUGUCAUUGGUAUCAUUGUUGCUAAUAUUCCAGAAGGUUUACAGCCAACAAUUACAGCCUCCUUAACAUUAACGGCGAAAAGUAUGGUUCAGAGGAAAUGUCUUGUAAAAAAUUUAGAGGCUAUUGAAGCUUUAGGAGCCUGUACAACUAUUUGUUCUGAUAAAACUGGCACUCUAACCGAAAAUAAAAUGUGCGUUCGCCACGUUUGGACGUGGAAUAAAUAUUAUUCAGUAUCUUUUGUUACUAGUGAAAAAUAUGUUUAGCCAUUUCUUGAAAAUAAAAGUUCAAUCAGGAUUUUUCCAGCAUGGAAUUCUUUAAAAAUAUGUGGAUCUUUAUGCAGUAAUGCAUCAGUCGUUAAAGACGGAGUCGUGCGUGGCGAUGCGUCAGAAAAAGCAAUUUUUAUUUUUUUAUUUAACUAUUGUGAUCCAGUAACAAUUAGACAAAGAUAUCCCAAAGUGGCUGAAAUUCCAUUCAACUCUGUUAACAAAUACCAAAUCACUAUUCAUCUGGACGAAACGUUGUCAACGUAUCUGUUAGUUAUGAAGGGUGCUCCGGAAUGUAUACUCUCUCGAUGUGUAACAGUCGCUUUUAACAACAAGUCUAUAAGCAUGACCGAUGAAAUUAAACAAGAAGCUUAUAAAGCUACUGAAAGUUUAGCUAAUACUGGUGAACGAGUUUUAGCAUUUGCGGAUUGCCAAUUAGAUUCAAAUACAUAUCCAUUGAAUUAUUCAUUCGACACAGAUAAUCUCAACUUUCCAAUUGAUAAGCUUCGAUUUCUUGGCCUCUUUGGAUUAAAAGAUCCACCAAGAGAGGAGGUUCGCUCGGCAAUCCAGAGAGUCCGAGAGGCAGGAGUUCGUGUGAUGAUGGUCACUGGUGACCACCCUGCAACUGCUCGUGCCAUAGCUUUAGAAGUUGGCAUUGCCACCAGCCGAAGUUGUCACGUUGUAACUGGUACUGAACUUAGAAAUAUGUCGCCAGAUUUAUUGUACUUAACCCUGGAAAAACAUUAUGAAAUAGUAUUUGCACGUACGUCUCCGACACAAAAACUACAAAUAGUGGAAGCAUGUCAGAGGCAAGGCGGUGUCGUGGCAGUGACGGGGGAUGGCGUAAAUGAUGCACCAGCAUUAAGACGAGCAGACAUCGGGAUUUCUAUGGGGAUCGCUGGCUCACAAGUAUCAAAACAAACAGCUGACAUUAUAUUAAUGGAUGACAACUUCGCUACUAUUGUAACGGGAAUUGAAGAAGGUCGCAAAAUUUUUGAUAAUCUAAAAAAGUCAGUUUGCUACAUUCUGAUAUCCAAUGUUCCAGAAAUUUUGCCCGUGCUAAUGUUUAUUCUAUUUUCGAUACCCCUCCCACUAGGGGUAAUGACAAUACUUUGCGUGGAUCUCGGUACGGAUAUGUGGCCGGCGGUGUCUCUGUCUCACGAGCAGGCUGAACGAGAUGUAAUGGCACGCCCGCCUCGUACGUCCGACCCACUUGUUUCGGGUCGCAUGUUACGUCUCGUGUACUUACACCUCGGCCUCGUCGAGUUCUCCGCUGGCAUGUUCGCGUACUUCAUUGUCAUGGCUGAACAUGGAUUCUACCCCUCGCAAUUGUUUGGCAUUAGGCAACAAUGGGACAACGAAGCGGUGAGCGACGUCCAAGACUCGCUAGGUCAAGAGUGGACCUACGCGGAGCGCAAAGAACUAGAACGCGCCUGUCAAGCCGCCUACUUCGUGGCUGUAGUCAUAUCACAAAUGAUGAACGGAAUUAUUUGUAAGACAAGAUUCAAUUCUCUAUUUCACGUCGGUAUGAAAAACAACGUUUUGAAUGUGGGUUUAGUAUUUGAAUUCUCUCUUGCAUGUAUAGUAUGCUACGUUCCAGGUAUCAACACGUUUUUUAGAACGUACCCUCUACGUUUGAAGUGGUGGUUCUUAGCUCUACCAUUUGCAGUAUUCAUGUUAAUAUUUGAUGAACUUAGAAAGUAUUGUAUUCGAAAAGAGUUGUUCGGUGGGUGGUUUAAUAAGUUGACUUUAUAUUAAUGUUUAUUUCCUAUU